AUGCUUUCAUUGACGAAGGGACAAUUAGCUGGCUCAGUUAUUAUGCUAGUAUCAUGUCUUGUUUUUAUUGCUAUUUAUGUUUAUGUAUACAUAAGAUCAUUGAUGGAUGAACGAGCAGGAUUCAAUAAUAGUUUUCCAAGAGGUACUCAUCAACGUCCAACAGUUGUAUUACCUGAACAAUCAUGGACUAGUCAACCAGCAGACGCAACGAUUUACCCACGCGAAUCAAUAAAUAUGGAUACUAAUAUAAUUCAUUCUCAUGAUUAUUCACAAACUAUUGUUUGUCCCACAUGUGAUACAAAAAUGACAAUAUCUGAUCAACUUUGA